AUGCUGUCGGAUAAAGGCUACGACUUAGUUUCGAACGUGGGCGGUGAUAAUGUCUGUCUUCUCCGAGAAAGAUAUGUGAAGACUGUUCUUGCUCGCAACAGGCAAAAAGCACACCCACGCGAAACGCGACGCAAUGCUUCUGCCAAUGCAGAGCCGAUCCUUCGUUCACUGCUACAGGAUUAUCGCGGGCUCGUAGACGAGUUUGACUGCUAUCGUCAAUUGCGCUACCAGAGUCAGCCUUUUCUGUAUCAAGACGCUGCGGAUUGGGGCUAUUCGUAUGAAGAUUAUCGUUCAGACGUCUCGCGGCUGCGCAACUGGAAACCAAAUGUUCACAUCCAUGCUGCGAGACUGGUUCUUAUUCUCCGAUGUAGAAACCGCGUUUCCGCGUGUCUGCGGUAA